AUCCUUACCACACGCCGUUGCUAUACAAUACACGCUCAUUGUUAUCUUCAGAGUUUUUCUCUGUAAGAAAAUUAUCUCCGCAGGUUCGUCGGCAGUUCCAGUUCCAGUUCCGGUUCGUUUCAAUUUCUGCUGCAAUCACUCCAGCGUGGAAAGGGGAGGGACUUGCAAGUGUUGUGUUUGUGAAAAUGCGUCACUGACUUGACUCCCUCUAUAAAAAACCCAACUGAAGGGCACAAAACGUGCAGCCUUCUUUGAGAGAGGAUUUCGUUCAGAACAAUGGAGUCUGUGGAGCAGAAAAAAGACUCCAUUAAUGGUGGUGUGAAUGGGCAUUACAAGCUCAAAAGCUUCGAAGAUGAAGACUUUGACCCAGCUGCACCUCCACCAUUCAAGAUAGCUGAGAUCCGAGCUGCCAUUCCUCAACACUGCUGGGUCAGGAACCCAUGGAGGUCUAUGAGUUAUGUUUUCAGGGAUGUUCUUGUGGUCUUUGCAUUGAUGGCUGCCGCAGUUCACUUCAACAGUUGGUACUUUUGGCCAAUCUACUGGAUUUCGCAGGGCACAAUGUUCUGGGCCAUUUUUGUCCUCGGACAUGAUUGUGGCCAUGGAAGCUUUUCAGAAAGUACCAAGCUGAAUAAUGUGGUGGGGCAUAUCUUGCAUUCUGCAAUCUUGGUGCCUUAUCAUGGCUGGAGAAUUAGCCACAGAACUCACCAUCAAAACCAUGGAAAUGUUGAAAAGGAUGAGUCCUGGGUUCCAAUGACUGAAUCUCUGUACAAGAGUCUAACAUUGAGAACCAAAAUUCUAAGGUUCACUGUGCCUUUCCCUGUUUUAGCCUUCCCAAUGUACUUGUUGUACCGAAGUCCAGGAAAGGAAGGUUCACACUUCAACCCCAAAAGCAGCUUAUUUGCACCCAAUGAGAGGGCAGCUGUGCUCACUUCUACCGUUUGUUGGACCAUAAUGGCUACUCUGCUCUGCUAUUUAUGCUUUGUUUUUGGUCCUGUUCGAAUGCUGAUGCUCUAUGGUAUUCCAAAUUUGGUUUUUGUUAUAUGGUUGGAUGCUGUUACAUACUUGCAUCACCAUGGCCAUGAUGAACAGAAGCUCCCUUGGUACCGCGGCAAGGAAUGGAGUUAUCUGCGAGGAGGCCUGACGACAGUUGAUAGAGAUUAUGGACUGUUCAACAACAUUCACCAUGACAUUGGAACUCAUGUCAUUCACCAUCUCUUCCCUCAAAUCCCUCACUAUCACAUUGUGGAAGCUACAAAGGCAGCUAAGCCAGUGCUUGGAAAGUACUACAGAGAGCCAAAGAAAUCAGGGCCUUUUCCAUUUCACUUGGUUGAUAAUCUGGUGAGGAGCUUAGAUCAAGACCACUACGUGAGCGACAGUGGAGACGUCGUGUUCUAUCAAACAGACCCCGAUUUCGUCAAACUCAUUAACAACAAGUCUCUCUAGUUUUUUGUUGUAAUUCAAGUUUUUAUUAGCACUCCAAAACUGGAAUCUUCUGGCCAGUAAUAAUGUCGUUAGACAUCCUUUUGAAGUAUGUAGAUCCUUUCUUUCUUUUAAUAAUAAUAAUAAUAAAAAUCAGAUUACCAAAACUUCCUGCUCCGAAGCUUGCUACCA